GCCCCGGCCCGGCAUGGACGUUGGCGCUGCACGGUGCCGCUGAGCGGGGCCGCCCGGCGCAGAGGGGGGGAAAGAUGUCGGACACCAAGGUGAAGGUGGCCGUCAGGGUCCGACCCAUGAACAGGAGAGAGCUGGAGCUGAACACCAAGUGCGUGGUGGAGAUGGAGGGCAACCAGACCGUGCUGCACCCGCCGCCUUCCAACAGCAAGCAGGGAGAAAGAAAACCACCUAAGGUGUUUGCCUUUGAUCACUGCUUCUGGUCCAUGGAUGAAUCAAACACUACAAAAUAUGCAGGUCAGGAAGUGGUGUUCAAGUGCCUUGGAGAAGGAAUUCUAGAGAAGGCCUUUCAGGGAUAUAACGCUUGUAUUUUUGCCUAUGGACAGACAGGUUCAGGAAAAUCCUUUUCAAUGAUGGGUAAUGCAGAGCAGCUGGGUCUGAUCCCACGGCUCUGUUGUGCUUUAUUUCAGAGAAUCUCUGUGGAAGAAAAUGAAUCCCAUACUUUUAAAGUUGAAGUGUCCUAUAUGGAAAUCUACAAUGAGAAAGUCAGAGAUCUACUUGAUCCAAAGGGGAGUCGGCAGUCUCUUAAGGUUCGAGAGCACAAAGUGUUGGGACCAUAUGUAGAUGGCUUGUCUCAGCUGGCUGUUACGAACUUUGAGGAUAUUGAGUCAUUGAUGUCAGAGGGAAACAAAUCACGAACAGUUGCUGCAACCAACAUGAAUGAAGAAAGCAGCCGCUCUCAUGCUGUAUUCAACAUUAUAGUGACUCAGACACUUUAUGACCUACAGUCUGGUAAUUCUGGAGAGAAGGUUAGCAAGGUCAGCCUGGUGGAUUUGGCUGGUAGUGAGAGAGUGUCCAAAACAGGAGCUGCAGGAGAACGUCUGAAGGAAGGCAGCAACAUAAACAAAUCCCUUUCAACGCUUGGAUUGGUUAUAUCAUCACUUGCUGAUCAAGCAGCAGGGAAAGGGAGGAAUAAGUUCGUGCCUUACAGAGACUCUGUGCUCACUUGGCUUCUCAAGGACAAUCUGGGAGGAAACAGCCAAACUGCCAUGAUAGCCACAAUUAGUCCAGCAGCAGACAAUUAUGAAGAAACACUGUCUACUCUAAGAUACGCAGACAGAGCCAAAAGGAUAGUUAAUCAUGCAGUGGUGAAUGAAGAUCCAAAUGCUAGGGUCAUCAGAGAAUUACGCGAAGAAGUUGAAAAACUGAAAGAACAGCUCUCACAGGCUGAGGCCAUGAAGGCACCAGAACUGAAGGAAAAAUUGGAAGAAUCCGAAAAACUAAUAAAAGAGUUAACAGUCACCUGGGAAGAAAAGCUAAGGAAAACAGAAGAAAUUGCACAGGAGAGACAAAGACAGCUAGAGAGCAUGGGAAUUUCCCUAGAGUCUUCAGGUAUCAAGGUUGGAGAUGACAAGUGUUACCUGGUGAACCUGAAUGCAGACCCUGCACUCAAUGAACUUUUGGUUUACUAUUUGAAGGAUCACACAAGAGUUGGUGCAGAUACCUCUCAGGAUAUACAGCUCUUUGGUAUAGGAAUCCAACCUGAACACUGUGAGAUUGAUAUUGCUUUAGAUGGAGAAGUCACACUCACACCAAAAGAAAAUGCAAGAUCCUGUGUAAAUGGUACACUGGUAUGUUCUGUCACUCAGUUAUGGCACGGAGAUAGAAUAUUAUGGGGAAACAACCACUUUUUUAGAAUCAAUUUACCAAAGAGGAAACGACGAGAUUGGCUGAAAGACUUUGAGAAGGAAGCUUUGUUAGGAGAGCAUGAUCUGGAUGCAGCCAGUGAAGCUUCUUCAGAACCAGACUACAACUAUGAGUUUGCUCAGAUGGAAGUUAUUAUGAAGACACUGAAUAGUAACGGAGACGAAUUUCAGAUGAAUCUACCAUCCUGGUGGUCUUCAGUGUUGUCAUCCCUUGUGAAGACUCUGUUGCCUGUUUUAAGGUCUCAAACCGUCCCGUAUCUGUGCCAAAACUGGGAUAAAGACCCAGUACAAAAUGUGGUACAGAUCUUGGAGAAGCAGUACUUGGAAGAGAAACGGAGUGCUCUUGAAGAGCAGCGGCUGAUGUACGAACGUGAGUUAGAGCAGCUGCGGCAGCAGCUCUCUCCAGAAAGGCAGCAUCAGCAUGGUGGCGACAGACUCUCCUACACUGCUCAGACUGCACAGCAGAAAGUAAAUCUGUGGACAGAAGAGAGGGAUGAAUUGUUUCGACAGAGCCUGGCUAAACUUCGAGAGCAGAUAGUGAAAGCAAAUACGCUGGUGAGAGAAGCAAACUUCCUAGCAGAAGAAAUGAGUAAGCUAACAGAUUACCAAGUAACGCUUCAAAUCCCCGCUGAGAACCUCAGUGCCAACAAAAAGAGGGGUGCAAUAGUGAGUGAGCCUGCUAUUCAAGUGAGAAGAAAAGGAAAGGCUACUCAAGUGUGGACUAUUGAGAAACUGGAGAACAAACUGAUUGACAUGAGAGAUGUCUAUCAAGAGUGGAAGGAGAAAAUUCCUGAGAUAAGGAAGCUCACUGGCAAAAGAGGUGAUCCUUUUUAUGAAGCACAGGAGAAUCACAACUUAAUUGGUGUGGCAAACGUAUUUUUGGAGUGCCUUUUCUAUGAUGUUAAGCUGCAAUAUGCUGUGCCUAUCAUCAGCCAGCAGGGGGAGGUUGCAGGACGAUUGCAUGUUGAAGUAAUGCGAGUCACUGGGUCUGUCCCAGAACGUGUGGUAGAAGGAGAUGACUCAUCUGAGAAUUCUAGUGAGAGUGGAAGUCUGGAAGUCAUGGAUAACAAUGGAGAAAUUAUUCACAGAGCAAAAAAGCUCUCCUGCAGGGUAAAGAUAAAAGAAGCAACCGGACUGCCACCUAAUCUCUCCAACUUUGUCUUUUGUCAAUACACAUUUUGGGAUCAAUGCGAGUCAACAGUAGCAGCUCCAAUUGUAGAUCCAGAUGUGCCUUCACCUCAGAGCAAAGAUGCUCAUUUUACAGUGACCUUCUCUCAUUGUAGGGACUAUGUGGUGAAUGUCACAGAGGAGUUUUUGGAGUUCAUUUCAGAAGGAGCUCUUGCUAUUGAGGUGUGGGGUCACAGAUGUACAGGCAAUGGCACCUCUGUUUGGGAAGUUGACUCUCUUCAUGCAAAAACUAGGACACUGAGAGAUAGGUGGAAUGAAGUAACUCGAAGAAUAGAAAUGUGGAUUUCCAUACAAGAAUUGAAUGAGAUGGGAGAAUAUACUGCAGUUGAACUCCAUCAGGCAAAAGAUGUAAAUACGGGGGGGAUUUUCCAGCUUAGGCAGGGUCAUUCUCGCAGAGUUCAGGUGACAGUGAAACCUGUACAACAUUCAGGAACAUUGCCUCUCAUGGUAGAAGCAAUUCUUUCAGUCUCUAUAGGUGGUGUGACUGCCAGAUCAACCAAAUUGCAAAGGGGCUUGGACAGCUAUCAGAAGGAGGAGGAUGAUGGUGGUGAUAUGGAUAGUUACCAGGAAGAAGAUUUAAACUGUGUACGAGAAAGAUGGUCUGAUGCAUUGAUAAAACGCAGAGAAUACUUAGAUGAGCAGAUUCAAAAGAUCAGCAAUAAACAAGAAAAAUCUGAGGAUGAUAUAGAACGAGAAGCUCGGCUGGUAGAACAGUGGGUAGGGCUGACGGAAGAAAGGAAUGCGGUCUUUGUUCCAGCACCAGGCAGUGGAAUCCCCGGUGCACCUGCAAAUUGGAUUCCACCUGCAGGAAUGGAAACACAUAUACCCGUCCUCUUCCUUGAUUUGAAUGCUGAUGACCUCAGUGCCAAUGAACAACUUAUAGGUCCCCAUGCAUCAGGAGUUAACUCAAUACUACCAAAGGAGCACGGGAGUCCAUUCUUUUAUCUGCCGAUCAUAAAACACAGUGAUGAUGAGGUUUCAGCCACUGCUGCCUGGGACUCUUCUGUCCAUGAUUCAGUGCAUCUGAAUAGAGUAACUCCUCAAAAUGAGAGGAUUUACUUAAUAGUGAAGACUACUGUGCAGCUCAGCCAUCCUGCUGCAAUGGAACUGAUCUUACGGAAAAGGAUUGCAGCCAAUAUUUAUAACAAGCAGAGUUUUACCCAGAGCCUGAAAAGGAGAAUAUCCUUGAAAAAUAUAUAUUACGCCUGUGGAGUGACCUAUGAAAUAGUAUCCAAUAUACCAAAGGCCACGGAAGAAAUUGAAGAUCGUGAGACCUUAGCGCUGAUGGCUGCAAGGAGUGAGGAUGAGGGUACAUCCGAUGGUGAAACUUACAUUGAAAAAUACACACGUGGAGUACUGCAGGUGGAGAACAUUUUGAGUCUUGAACGGUUAAGACAGGCAGUUACAGUCAAAGAAGCACUCUCUACCAAAGCAAGAAACAUCCGCAGAAGCAUGAGCACACCAAAUGUCCACAAUGUAUCCUGUAGCCGAUUAGAUCUUUCUGCCUGUGAUGAUGAUGAUAAGGGUUGGUCUGAAAGUCACCUAGAUAUGUCUGACUGUUCUUCCAGUUAUCAAGAUGUAUCAUGCUAUGGUACUUUACCCAGGGAGUCACCACGCAAGAACAAAGAUGGCAGCGGUAUUGUGUCUGAGAAUUCUCAUGCUUUAAUGGCCAGCCCUUUUAAAGCAUUUUCUCCUCAACCACCCAAGUUUUUCAAACCCUUAAUGCCAGUGAAAGAGGAACAUAAAAGGAAGACCCCACUUGAAAGUCGACCUCUGCUUAGUCAGGAGAGUAUGCCUUCAUCUCAGGUGCAUUGUGCUGGCUGUGUUGUGCCUUCAGGAAGUAAUGCCAACAGCAUGCCUGUAGAAAGCAAUAGCAUACAUGAGGAAAAGAUUGACUCUGAGGAGGAAGACAGUGAGUUGGAGGCCAUUCAUAAGAAACUGACAAGUCCACAAAGUUUUAAAAAUUUCCGACCUUAUGUACCAGAGGAAUUUGCUGACUUCAGUGUUUACAAUGCUAGCCUGGAAAACAGGGAGUGGUUUUCUUCUAAAUCAGACUUCAUGAGUUCACGUGUUCUUGAGAAAGAGGUAUCCCGCAGCCCCACCACUAGCAGUAUCACUAGUGGUUAUUUUUCCCACAGUGCCUCUAACGCUACUCUGUCUGACAUGCUUAUUCCCUGUAGUGAUAGCACAGACCAGCUAGCCUGUCACACAAAGGAACUGGACUCUAAUGACCCUUCAGGAUCAUCUCUUGCACAUGAUAUAAGAUCUUCUUUGAACAAGGAAUUUUGUGAGGCAGAAAAGGAGUUAACGAGAGAAAAGUUACCUGCGUUACCACUGAACGAAAACAGUGCCUUAACAGAACAAGUUCCACUGUCCCUCAAUGCCACUGACAAAGGCUCUCAGCAGUUAUCCAGAGCUGGAUCAUUUUCAGCUCUGAGCUCCUCAGAUGGCAGAAAUACCUGUCAUGCAAUUGAAUUUUCAGCGCGUGAAGCUACGGUUGAGCACACAAUGGAGAUUGUUGAAGACCACUCAUUUACAGAGUUUAUGGGUGUCGAAGAUGGAAAAGAUUUUGACCACUCAGCAUCUCCACAACCCUGUUCUGUUGUAUCCUCCAAUGGAGUGAGCACCUCGGAGUUAUCCCUAGGAACUGACAAGGAGCAGGACGCGUGUGGGGGCCAGCUGGGCUCUGCAGCAGCAGGCAAUCAGCUUGCAAAUGCUGUGGGAAGGCCUUUGUUAGUAAAAGAGACUUCAGACUGUGAGACUUAUCCUGAUAUUUCCAUAGAUGAUUUUACUGGGAAGGACCACUUGGAUGGGUCCGACUGUGAAGACAGUGCUUCUGCAGACCAAGCCCAUGUCUUGCCUAGCUGGGUGGCAGUGGGUGAACAAGUCUGUGUUGGAAGCAAUAAGGUGGGCACAGUGAGAUAUGUUGGAACGGUGGAUUUUUCAGCUGGAGUCUGGGUUGGAGUUGAACUAAACGUUCAGUUAGGGAAGCACGACGGGACUGUCAAAGGCAGAGAGUACUUCCACUGCAAACCACGGCACGGGGUGUUUGUUCGCCCCGGGCGCCUCAGUAAGGCACCAGCAUCCACGAGGAAAUGCAGUAGCACUUCACGGUCUCAGGCGUCUUCCACUUCAGAGAAACGGAGGAGUUCUGUACUUCAGGGCUCGUCAUCCACUCCCAAAGCAGGAGAAGGCCUCUGUCAUUCGGGAGAUGCGGCGGCUUCUGCUUUUUCUAGGAAACAAGAGAACAGGAAAUCGUGGAUUAACUGAACUGCAGUAUUUUUGCACUUACUACACAUAUCACUGUGUGGAAAACUUUAUGGAUUUUUGAAGCUCUUGUACAUUUUAAUCUGUCCAUACAGAACGCGUAUUCUCUAGGGUCCCCGACUUCUCUAAUUUUUUUAUAAAUAAUAUAUAUUAUAUAUAUAUGAAUGUGUAUCUAUAGUUUGUCUGCCAGUGGGCAGAUACGGCUGCACACUAAAAUACAGUUAAAGCUGACGUGUAGAUAAUGGAGGUACUGGACUAUUUGUUACGCAUCGACAUGGGAGAUAUAUUUUAAGCAACUAAAAAUAUUUUAUUGUGGACAAACAGGCUGUAAAUCCGUGUUUGGAAAAAGACUGCGGUUUGCUGUUUUUCAUUACCAAAGAACUCGUUUUAGACUGACACGUUUGCUGUUUAUAUCUUUCUAUUGUAAAUGUUUUAACUGAUAACGUGGUGCCAUUCUCCCUUCAGUCGUGGGGCACCAAGCAGCCUUAUGUUCUGUGUUUAAGCACACUGAAAUAUCCAACUGCUUCGUAUUUCUUGUCUUCCUAGAGGCCUGCCACUGUGCUGAAUUGGCAUUGUACCGAGGUGACUGACAAUGCCCGAAGCUGUUAGUCUGGUAUUUUGUGUGUUACCGUAAACCAGCCGGGCAGUUUGACUGCAGAAACAGUAUUACUGCAAGGGUGUGAUAGGACAACACUUUGGGGUUUGUCUGGGGGGGGGGUUGGGGCGUGGGGGGGAAGCGGGGAAACAAGACACAGUAGAUGGAUUGUGACUGCAGACUUUGCACUUGUUACUUGCUGGUUAUUAUCAAGAUGAAAUAGAACCUGCGAAAGUAAUUUUAAUCUGUAAAGUUUAUGUUAAUAAUGGGAAUGAUGGAGGGAUUUGUGUCUGGUGCUCAUGAAUUCCUACGAAGGUUGUUCCACGUGUAGAUACUGUAGAUGCCUGUACAAGUGUUCUGGGUGUUUGUAAAGUAACAUGGUAAAAAAUGAGUGACGUGAGUGGCCUGCUGUACCUGUUCUUUGUUCUGAGCAAGUGAGUGACUGAGAUACCUGGGACCUUACUGACAAGCUGCUGUUCUUUCUCUGAUUGUUGUGUACAGUAAGCGGACUCUAGUGUGUUACUAUUUACUGUAAAGAACUGUAAUUUAUAUACUGCCAAUGCUGUAUUUAAUUGGUACAGACCUAUUGCGUGUUAGAAUACAGACUGUUUACUUGGGAUUUUAAAGACAUCGUUUUGCUUAUAUUUGAUACAUUUAGGUUCCACGGUCACAUAAGAAGCUUAAUGCCAUUACUAGCUGAUGGUGCUCAGAUGCAAAAUACUUUGUAAAAAUGCUGAAGGACUGCAAUGGGAGUGGAGCACUUGAUGAUGUUAACCUGUAUGAACGCUGGCUGGCUCCUGUGGCACAAGAUGAGCGCAGCCCGUGUGGAUACACCUUCCUCACCUGCUGCCUUCCCUGCUCAGGGGAGCAGAGCUGGGUGACUCCUGCCAGGGAACGGCACAGGCACUGAGAGCUUGUGGGCCGGGGAGAGCGGGCAAGUUCCUGGAAGGCAGACUCACUGCUAAAGACGUACAUCCCUCAUCCAGGCAGCUGGGAGGUGCUGUGCCAAGGGAGCAGGCGCAGUGUGUCGUGCUUGCCCUUGACAUGGCCUUUGCCAGCACUGAAACAGGAUACCGACGUGCUUGCGUUAGUUGAUUCUGGUGGAAUGAAGGGCUUUGCAGAAGAUGUCUUUUUCAUGCUUUUGGAGUCCACCCAGAGUUGCUUUUGUGAUGCAUUAACGACGAUUCUUGCUGGAAAAAAAAUUACCGUAAUGGAAAAACUUGUUUACACGGGAGUAUUUUAUCAGGCACAGAUGACCCUAAAACACUGUCAAGUAUCUUGAAGUUAAUUUUAGAUGUCACUUUAACCUUUUUAUAAAGCUUUUGAAAAAAUA